UCAAUGUCAAUUCGUAUUUGUCAUAUUUGCAUCUUACCGCUAUUUCAGGUAUUUUGUACAUAAAAUAUAUCUGUUUUGUCUUAUUGUAUUAAACAUAUUAAGAUGGCAGAUUCUACAGUUACUGAUGUUAGUAAAAUGAAGGUAGUAGAAUUGCGUAAAGAAUUAAAAUCACGAGGACUGUCUCACGUGGGUGAUAAAGCUGAAUUAGUGGCACGGCUUCAAGCUGCAAUGUCUCAAGAUGACAUCAAUUUGGAUUGGGAGGAUUUGGACUCAGACGGAGUUCUCGAAGACGAGGAUGAUAAAAAUCAGACUGAUAUACUCGACGAGCCUGUUGUUGAAAAUGCUUCUAGUGAGGAACUAGUUUUGGCAGAGCAACCACCACCGCCGGAAGUUGUCAGCGAAUCAAAGCCACCGCAAAAAUCACUUAAAAGGAAAAUAGCAAUAUCAGAAGUCGAUAAAAAGAAACCAGAGACCAAAUCUGCAGAAAAUAAAGAUAGUGCAAAAAAAAUAGUUUUGAAUAGAGCAUCUUCUGUAACUGUAUCAACAAAACCUGCAGAAGAAAAAGUACAAGAAAAACAUGAGAAGAUAAUAUCUUCAGAAAGUAAUAAAAUAAAAAUAACUGCAGAUUUAGAUCCCAAGACUAGAUUGGAAAUGAGAGCUAAAAGAUUUGGACUUCCUAUCCAAAUGACUGAAGCAGAGAGGAAGGAAGCUAGAAAACAGAGAUUCAGCCAAAACACAACUCCAAAUCCUGAUAAAGAGACUUAUACAGGCUCCUUGAAUGAGAAUCUUUUAAAACUUAAAAAGAGAGCUGAGAGAUUUGGGCAGAAUGUGUCUAAAAUUAUGACAGAUAUUGAAAACAAGGAGAAACUUGAGAAACGCAAAGAAAAAUUUGGAACUGUCAAAUAAAAAUUUAUAAUAAUACAAUUUAAAUUUUAGAUUUUGUAUAUAACAUGUAAUUCCAAUCAGAAGGCUUGUGUGCACUUUAAUAUUUCAGAUCUAAGUUAUCUUAAUUUUAUAUUAUAAAAAUAUUUAGUUAAGAAAUAAAUGUGUAAUAAAAG